AUGGCCGGACUUGAAUCGGUGCCCGCCUUCACCGAUCGAGCAAAGCAGAUCGGCAUCAGCGAAGAACUUCUGAACAAGCUCAUUGCCAAGAACUUGGACACCUACGGCAAGCUCGCUUUCGUGUGCUCGAGCAGACCUUCCAGCGGGGAUGACACUCCUCUCUUCGAAGCCCUGAAGACUCUGCUUGGGAGUGAGGUUCCAGUGGAACAACAUAUGGUGAUCAGGCGAUUGUGGUACGAGAGACACGCCCACGCCCUGGUGGACUUAGAAUCGAGGGCUUCGAGAACAAGUGACACAAGCCCCCGCAACCUUCCGUUGGCAGAACACUUGACACGCUUGAAACGCCAAAGGGGCGAGCUCAAAGGCCUCGAGAUGGAUAUCCACACAGAACCUGGACACGGCCUUGUGGACCGCGUCCAGGCCAUGCUCGAUUCCGCACAAGUGCUGCACAUCGCACCGGAAAAGUGCAUUUCCCGCCAUGACGAGAUCCUGGCUGAGAAGACGGAGCAAAAGCUCUCUUUGGGAGCUGACGGGAACAUCAAGAUCACGAAGCAAGCCUCGAGUCUCCGGUGCGAGACUACCGGCGAGCUCAAGCUUCGCCGGUGCUUCCUGCGCCGGGCCUUAGCGUUCGAUCAAGCUCUGCUUGAUGUGCCUCCGGCGGGUUAUCGCUACACUACUGUUCAGCAGCUGCUCGCAGCUGACCAGAAGCUUUGGCAGGUAGUGGCCCAGGAGAGCCGAGGUGACAUCGUCGUCGGAGUCGGAGCCCCGGCUCCUCUUGAUAAGCACAUAGCCGCCGCUGCGAUCAACCAAUUUGUGGUAUCCUGCCUGACACACCUUCCUAAGCCUGCCGAGAACCAGGCCCUACCGUGGAAGCCGAAUAAGGGACCCGACAAGGGCAAUCAGAAGGGAGAGAAGGGUACAAAGGGCAAAGGCCGCGGCAAAGGAAAGCAGAAUCACAGCCAGGACCAGGCUGACGCCUCCUCGCAACCAUCCCUGAAGGAGCUGCUGGAGUCGUUACCCGAGGGCUGCGUGCGGGCCAACGAUGAUGGGCGUUUCAUCUGCCCAUUUUACAACAAGGGGAUCUGUCGCUUCCAGAAGCGCAAGUCGUGCCGCUUCGGCAAGCACGUGUGUUUUCGCCAGGCAAAUCUUAGCUCAGAGCACACCUGUCUGCUCCUCACAACAGCUUCCAGUGACAGAUCAGAUGCGUCGGAUCCGUCCAGGUCUCAUCGGAUCCCGGUGUGCCCAAAUCACCGUCUUGUCCGGAUCCCAGUGCACAUCAGCGAAGUGCCGCUUCCGCCUCGUUCGGGACCCUUUGAGGGCUGCAACACCCUGUCGAAUCAGGGCCCCUCUUCGGUCCCUCCUCCACCUAUGCUUGCCGAUUGCCUCGCUGUCUCGGGAUCCUUAUCGGCCGCCGCCCUUCAAGCUGGAUGGGAUGCCUUGCCAUUGGGCCACAAACGUGGUGCCCCUGAGUGCUGUCCCCGAGUGCCGAUUGACCUCUCUGCGACAGAUGAUCUGAAAGCAUUGCUUGACUUUGAGCGCCACACACUCGUCGACUGGUGGCAUUUCAAUCUGUUCAUGAAAUCUUGCAAUCAGGGGCGUGAUUCUCGAGGACGUGCGAGCCUUCGUGACGCCUCUCACUUGCUAGGGCGCGACGGCCUUCCCGCCCGCGCCGAUUCGCUGGUGCAGCAUGAAAACAGCUUACUACAAGCCGUGGUCGACCUGCUGUUCCGAGCUUACGAAACUCGGGCCCUGGUCAGCUUGAUCGGGCCGGCCCGGAGUUGGGUUUGGAGCCUCUUAGCCCACUUUGUCAAGCAGAGGCGGCACCAGGACUUUCUGCAAUGGUUCUUCGCUUUGGCCGAUGAGGAGCUUGAUACUUGCAUGUUCGGUGCCCCGUUCUUGACAUCGCUGCGGCCCAAAGAGUCGACCUCCUGCAUAGCCGCCGACUUCGAGCUCAGGCCUAGUGCGGGGGACAAUGAUGAGCCGGGGGAUAAUGAUGAGCCCAAUCCUUCUAAGAGGGUCCGGAUGCAAGGAGAUGGUAGAGCCGGAGACCUGGCAGGUGUGUAUUUCUCCAUGGAGGAGCACCUGCAUCGCGCAUGUGGGCUAACCUGCCCAGCUGACAAUAGCGCUCGUUUGCCCGAUGCUGUUCGCCGCAACAUCUUUGCCAUUCUCACGGAAGGCCCAGUGGCUGUGUCAAAGCGGCGGAUGCUUGAACUGAAAAAAUUGAAUGACCGGAUGGCGGUGCUGUCCGCCACUGAGAAAGAGCUUCGAGCCAAAAUGCAUCCGGAUGUGGAAGCCGAGUCCCCUCUGUUUGCAAAGCGGCCGAAGCCCAUGGACCUUGAGCCAGAUCAGCUUAAAGCCCUGGCCCUACUGCGGCGGCGUGCAUUGCAGAAGAUGAAAGGGCUUACUUCAGAGCAGGAUUACAAGGCGAUGAAAGACGAGACUUCAGAGGAAUUGGCCGCGGGUUUCCUCACGGGUCCAUACCACUCGGAGCAGGAAGUCAGCGACAUCUUGAAAACCGAUACUUGGUCGCUCUCACCUCGGUUCCUGUUGAGGCAGGGCGAAGACUCCAAGAUAAGAAUAAUUGACGACUUCAAAAUGUCUGCGGUUAACAGGGCCUUUGGCUCCUCGUCCUUCCUCGAGCUUCAGGAUACGGACUACGCGGUUGGUCUCUUGAGGUUCUUGUCCCGGGUGCUGCAGGACCGCUCCAAGGUCAGGGUCCCCUUGACCGAUGGCACCGUGCUCGAGGGGGAUUGGGAUUCUGAGAUGCUCCGCCAGCCCGCUCUGCUGGGCAAGACGCUGGACUUGAGUAAAGCAUAUCGCCAGGUGAGCAUACAUCCUUCCACGAGGGAACACGCUGUGCUUGGCUUCCCCAACCCACAGGGCGAGUGGGAAUUCUACAUAGCACAGAGCCUGCCUUUUGGUGCUGCUGCCAGCGUGUACGGGUUCAACAAAGUGGCACUUGCAAUCCUUCACAUCAUGGUUGUCAAGUUCGCCGCGAUCGCGACGGACUUUUACGACGACUACACUGUCUACGAAUUCCGCCCAGCUGCUUUCCUGCUGGACCUGCUGGACAAAGUCUUGAUGAGGCUGCUGGACUUGCUAGGGUGGACCUACGCGAAGUCGGGGCGGAAGUUUGUGCCUUUUGACAACAAGGUAGUCUCUUUGGGCGUUUCUUUAGAUCUUGACGAUAUCUGGGAAGGCACUCUCGAGGUCGAGAACAAAGCGGGACGUCUUGAAAAGAUUGCAGCGCUCCUCCGAACAGUCGCCCAGGGCGGAGCUGUGACGAGAUCUGAUGUGGCCUCGCUGCACGGCUUGAUCAACUUCGCAGGUGGACUGAUUAUGGGCUUCGAGCUGAAGCCAAGCCAACGCAGCACACUCGAACUUCGACUGGCUUGUGCGUUAGCUCUGGAUGUCAUUGCGCAGUGCAGGCCAAAGCGGUGCCCGGCUACAAUUCUGCCGCCGAUUGUGCUCUACACUGAUGGAGCCUUCGAGAAAGGGCGAGGUACCUGGGGCGCGGUUCAUGCUUACACGGGCUCCCGAUGGGUCUUCGGGGGGGAAGUCUGCCAGCCGCUAAUGGGUCACUGGGGCAAGGAAGCUGGGGCCCAAGUGAUUUGCCAGGUUGAGGCCUAUGCUCUGGCAAUAACCUUGUUCGGGAUUCGCGGAAGUUCCAUGGAAGCGCUUCUCUGGUUUGAGCGGGUCCCCUCUAAGAGUAACCCGGCGGACCUCCCAUCGCGGGGGCAGUUUGCAGAGGCUUGUGAGCGCUUUCGGGCCAUAAACAAAGGUGAUGUGGCAGCCACUGAUACGAUGAUGGACUUCGUUCGUGCUCCCCACUACGAGCCUAAGCUGGCUCAGGCCAUUCUUACAUCGGCUAGGCUGGAAGCUGAUUGGGCACAGGAAGUGCUGCAGUGA